AUUUCAAGGAACGCGACGACUUUUCCGUCUCUGUGAAAAUCUUUUAUACUCCCAUAACUUGGGAAUUGAAAGCGUCUUUUUUUAUAGAACAUUUCUCUCUCUCUCUCUCGGCCUCUGGUUGGAUCUAAAUUUCCCACUGAAGGAUGUCAACGCGUCAUCUGUGGUUCGGGGCCCGCCUUUGCGGUCGUUCCACGGCCCACUUGCUGCGUCCGAGACCGCAACAGGUGAUUGUGGCAGCCAUGAGCUCCUCGAAGGAAUGGAGACCUGAUGCCGAUAUCAAGCACAGCCUGCCAAGUAAAAGUAAGCGAAGAUCGAAGAGAACUGCGGCCACGGCGAGUGAAGAUCCGGCCAAAGAUCAGCCGCCGCCUGGAAGAAAGAUCCGCAAGAAGAUUCAUCGGACGACGCUCGGGCCGCCCACGAGAAACCUCACGAGCUUGCCGAGCUCUGGGUUUUUGGCGCCACUUCCCAGCCAUUUUGGUGGACUGAUUGCAUAUUUCUCGAACCAUUCGGGAGGAGAUGGAGACGUUCCUCCUCCUUCUGAUGCUCCACCGACGGGACCAAGAAGAGGGUCCAUUGCAAGGGGAUUUCCAGUGACUCCGGGCGUACGAGCGGAGGCUCGGCCGCCGAAAGCCCCACGAUUUUCCCCCUCUGGACUGCCGUCUGUGCCAUCGAUUGAGCCGGAAGCACCUCGAGAGGCGCCUGCCACCGAAAUAUCAGAGGAGUCUCCGCCUAACCCUGAGAGGACUCAACCUGAAGCACCAGCAGAACAGUCUACAGCAGAUCCGGAGGCGGGAGAUGCCCCCCAGCCUUCCGAAGCCCCAUCCAGCCCAUCCGGAGAUCCUCCUACUACGGAAACCGCCGCAAAGCCAUCUGCAGACCCGCCUACAUUGAACCUCUACGGGCUGGAAGUGGAUAUAUAUCCAGAUCUAAGACCUGCCUCGGAGGAGUCGCCGACAGUCGACUCUCCAGGAGGGGAAUCCCCGAGAAAAGGAGCUCCAGAUACUCCAAAAGCCAAAGGAGAAAACCCAAAACCGCCGCUUUUCUCGGGAGUGAAGCCACCCCCCAAAGGAACACGAACGUACUGUUCACCGCCGAAAAAACCAAAGGGUCCCUUUUCUGCACCCGAACCAACCCCAAAAGGUCCUUUAUUCCCGCCCAAGAGAGCUAAAGCUGCGCCAACGGAAAAGCCUGCUUCGAAGGCGAAGGGCGCAUGCACUCCUGCACCUGCUGCUCCGAAAAAGGAGGCCAAGGCGGCUCCGCAAACGUGCUCCAAGCCAGCAGCCGCUGGAAGCCCCGAAGAGCCAAAAGGCACUGGAGGUCCGGGAAAGCCACCAGCUGCUGGGGGUCCUGCCAAGCCACCAGCCCCAGGAAGUCCUGGAAAGCCACCAGCCGCAGGAGGUCCUGCAAAGCCACCAGCCGCAGGAGGUCCUGCAAAGCCACCAGCCACCGGAGGUCCUGCAAAACCACCAGCCGCCGGAGGUCCUGCAAAGCCACCAGCCACCGGAGGUCCUGGAAAACCACCAGCCACCGGAGGUCCGGGCAAACCACCAGCCACCGGAGGAUCAGGGAAGAACGAAGGCGCCGGCGCCGGCGGCACAAAGGCACCUCCUCCCCCAACGGGAAAGGGCUCGAAGGGGCCACGCCUCAUCACGCUGAUGCCUGGCGAUGGCAUUGGCCCGGAGAUCUCUAUGGCCGUCCUCGAAGUGCUCGAUGCGAUGAAGGCGCCGCUGAUCUUCGAGCCCGUGGACGUGACGCCGGUGAUGAAUAGCAACGGCCAGACGACGAUACCCGACGCGGUGAUUGAGAGCAUGAACCGCACGAAGGUGGGGCUCAAGGGACCCCUGAUGACGCCCGUGGGGACGGGCUUCCGCUCCCUGAACCUGACCCUGAGGCAGCUGUUCAAUCUGUACGCGAACAUCCGGCCGUGCAAGUCGCUGCCGGGUGUGGAGACGGUGUACGGCGACGUGGAUGUGGUGACCAUUCGGGAGAACACCGAGGGUGAGUACUCCGGCCUGGAGCACACCCUCGUCAACGGGGUGGUGCAGAGCAUCAAGCUGAUCACGCGGAGCGCCUCCAUGCGGGUCGCCGAGUACUGCUUCAAGUAUGCAAUCGAGAUGAAGCGGAAGCAGAUCACGGCCGUGCACGAAAUCAACAGCAUGCGGAUGUCGGACGGACUGUUCAUCCGCUGCAUGCGGGACACGGCCAAGAAGUACGAGAAGGAAAUGACAGCAGCGGGCGUCAAGUACGAGGAGGUGACCCUCAAGACGGUCUGCCUGAAGAUUGUCGAGGACCCCAAGCGGUUCGAUGUCCUCAUCCUGCCGAAUCUCUACGGCGACAUCAUCUCCGACACCUGUGCGGGCCUCAUCGGGGGCCUGGGCCUGACGCCGUCCGGCAAUAUUGGCACCUCUGGGGCAAUCUUUGAGUCUGUCCACGGCACGGCACCGGACAUUGCCGGCAAGGAUCUGGCCAAUCCGACGGCCCUUCUGCUGUCGACGGUGAUGCUGCUGCACUACGUGGAUCUGCCCACGUAUGCGGACGCCAUCGAGAAGGCGAUCGUGAAGACCGUCAAGGACGACAACGUGCGGACCAUCGAUCUGGGCGGCAAUGCCAAGUGCUCGGAGUACACCCAAGCGUUGAUUAAGAAUCUCAAGUGAUCCUGCAGAUCCUUCCAGGUUUUAACAAAUUUUAAUUAAAAUUAUUGAAUGAAACGCAGA